GAGGCGGAGAGUGUUUAAAUGCCGACAAAAAUCGAUGUGUUUUUAUAUAUUGUGUUCAGAUGAAAAAUAUAUAUAUUUUUUGAAAACAUUUUGUGAAUUCCUGCUUUAUUGACAUCAAAAAUAAGAUAAAGAUAAAGAAACAGAAACAGAGAACAACUCGAGAGAUUUUGCACGUCUUUCAAUUAAAAUUACAAGUGCGACUUGCUUAAACAAUGUUGACAAAUUUCUUGUUCGCUAUCCGAAGUCAAUAACAAGAACAAUAACAAUAAUAUAAAGAUCUUUUAACUUAUAAUAAACAGCAUUUGACUUAACCAAGACACAAUAAAUAAUUGUAUUUAAAUAUAUUCCCAUAAACAACGCAAUUUAAAGCAAUUCGCCUCAACUAACAAUUUGGAAUGGAGCCAAAUAGCUAUGUGCAGGCCUCGGCGUUGCCCAACAGCAAGCGUUUCGUUGUCGAAGAUUCAAUUACUAAGGUGACCUCUGAUGGGGAACCGCACGGCAUGAUGACCAUGGUGGCAGGUUUGGCGGGCCUAUUAGCAGCCAUUAUUAUAUUGGCCGUGCUCGUUUCGAUGGUGGCAUGUCGCAAGCGUAAAUCCUGUUGUCACACCAGGAAGGCCAUGGAGCAGCAAAAUCAGAGCCAAUCAUUGGCCAGCGUUAGUGCCAUGGCCGUGGCUAUGACCAGCGUCGAGAAGUCACGGCAACAGCUGGGCGGCAAUCUGAACGCCGCCUUCGCGGAGAGCACAUUGACCCUUAGCGUCGAUGUUAAGGAUAAGGACAAGGAUAACCAAUGGCCCACAACGAUUGUUGUUCAGCGCUAUUAGCGAUGUGAAAGCGCUGGGAAAGCACGUGAUGUUUGUGAACACAAGAGACUGAGACGCCGUGGUGGCCAACAAAGCCGCCACAGCCAAAUAGAAUUUUAAGCGAAUUAUAUUAUAGAAUACAUUUUUUUUCAUUACUGUUAUUUAAAUUCGUUGCGAUUUCGCCGCACUUUUUUGUGUGCGUGUUGAGCAAUGUCAAAAAAUGUUAUCGAUAGCCAAACUAUCGGCAGCUAGCCAAGGCAACAACCGAUAUUGUCGCAUUAGUCCGUUAUCAUUAAAAAGAAAAAACA